AUGCCCGCCACGUGCCCAGCCGCGGUACGGAAGCCGAGGAUCACCGUCAGUGCCCUCGGAGCCCUAGGCGGUGCCCUACAAGAACCAGAGCCGCGCGCGCCCCUACUCCAUUCCCAGCCGCCGCCAUCUCCUUCCCCAGCAGAGCCGCUCGCCGCCUCCACGCCCACGACGGCGCUCGGUGCUCCACCGAGCCGCGCCACUACCGGCCUCGCCCUGCUGCUGCCCGUCGAGCCGAGCCCCGAACCGCGCCAUGGAGCUGCGGCCACGCCCCACCUCGACCGUGCCGGUGUCGACAGCAAGCCCCACGGCGCCGUGCGUCCUCGUCAAGACCCCACCGAGCUCAUCCUCUACCUCGCCGUGCAGCCGAACCACCAUGACGACGUCGUGCCCUUGUUCGUCCCCGUCCUCGCCACGGCCAACCUCGACGCCGCGGCCAUCCUUGUCGAGCCCCGACGCGUCCUCGACCUCGCCGGCCAGCACCGCGAGCUCUUCCCCGAGCCCCGUCUUCGGCCAGCACCGCGAGCACGGAGCCCCUCCGUGUCCGCGUCUCCGACCUGGCCGGCCGCGCGGACGCCCCGCCGCGCCAAGCCCCGUCCCCGCGCACCAGCCGUAGCGACGCCGCGUCCGCGACACGCCUCGUCCUCGGCACCACCCUGCGCCCUCGCCACGGUCGCCGCGUCCAGGAGCGACGCCGCGGCGAGUCUCCGCCGAGCUUCAUCCACGCCGCCGCCCCGGGGCCGUCCACCUUCGUCGUGCACCGAGCAGGAGCUCCGCCGAGCCCCUUGCCGACCCCGACCCCGCGACGCCGUCGUCCCCGCGCCGUGUCGACCUCGCCCAUGCCCCGACGCACCUGUGACCCCGACGCCAGGACGUCGCCAUGGUCACCGCGUCAGCGCUGGUCAUGGUGAUCGCGACCCCGAGCCAGAACGUGCAGCAGCGGUACCACCUCACACAGGGCUCCUUGCUGUCGCCAGUGAGUAG